AUGAAGCGGAUCCUGAGAUUGCUCGUCCUCGCGACGGUCCUGGCUGCAUGUUCGGCUGACUGCCGACUGGGCUUGUAUGAACGACAGAAUUGUUAUCAGUGCGAAGGUCUUACGAAUCUACAGAUGCUCUCACAGUUACCCAAGGGAGUGUUAGGCAUCAGUAUUAGGAACUCGAGCAUCACGAAGAUACCAAUGGACGCAUUCUCGGUGCACGGCGGUUCUCUGGAGGAACUCAACAUCACCGGAUGCGGCGUGGAAGAGAUCGAACCUAACGCGUUUCGAGGUCUCGACAGACUGCGCGUGCUAGGUCUGGUGGACAAUAGAAUUGGAAAGCUGGACUCAUCAUGGAUUCAGGAUUUGAUGAAUCUUAAGGCGCUCAUCGUGUGGCGCAAUCGAAUCAGCGAAAUCGAUGCGCGAUUAUAUGACUUGCUGCCGAAUCUCGAGUUCUGGGACAUCGCGCACAAUGAGAUGAAGGCUUGUCUACCUACCGAGUUGCUGAAAAAGCUGACGAAACUGAGAAAGAUCUAUAUCGCUAGCAACCCGUGGUCGUAUCGAUGUCGCCACUCGAUGACUUGGUAUCUGGGUAGCAAUCACAUCCGUUUCAUUCAGGACUGGAUUGGUGGCGACUUACUGAUUGAAGAAUGUCUCGCUCAUGAGCCGAACGCCGACGUCGACGAUAACGCUUUAUAUAAAUGCGUCGAUCGCAGGGUCGGUUCUACCGAGAUGCUGCAAACAGUGGCGAGAUUGAGUGAACAAAUCCGAGAACUCUCGAAAAAAGUCACCGAACUGGAAGCCGAGGUCGCCGCCUUGAAGAAGUCCGGAUAUUAAUUCAUCGAAGCUGGUAAUCUUUCGCUUGAAAUUACGUUAAUGUAUAACGUAUCUUGCAAAUUUUACUUGCGAAAUAUAAUAUCAGUGUGCAACAAAAAGUUAAUACUUUUUAAAAUCAAGAUUAAACAUCGCAGUGAUCGUUGCCCGAUUGCAGUUGCAUUUGCUGAAGUAAAAUAACAGCUCAAAUUUACAAUAAGCUUUGACAAAUCGAUAAGACCACUCGUAUCAAAUGUGAUGCGAGCGCGACUUUGAAACCAUAUGACUUUUCAACAAGAUACAAAUGAUAUGACUGAAUGUAAAUUGUAGAAAAACUUUUGCAAUUAAAUGCAUGUCGAAUAAACGAUCGAAAUAAAUGCUUCGAUUCUAAAUUCUCGCGUGUAAGAGACAAUCGAUGUGAUGCGAUUAUUCGCGUUUGAAGCGAUUGACAUUUUAUACAGCGGUGCACUGUGUAAUAAGAAUGCCUAUACUUUGACACUCAGUCGCACCGUAUCAUUUAUAUAAACGUAUGUCGAAUUUCGAGCAAAUUUUUCCGAAGGCUGGAAGUUUCUCUCGGUACAAAGUGCUUUUUAUAUCUAUAGCCGUGUUGUUCAACAGCACAGUUUUACAAUCAAUAAAUCUUGCACGAGU